CCAAAAUGGCCGUUUUGAGUGUUUUGAACAAUGUCGGCAGAGGAUUGCAUGCUCGAACGUGCUUCUUCAGCUUUUGCCAGAUGGGUUCUAUGGGGCUGACAUUGGGAGAGGUGGGUGGAUGGUCAAAAACGCGCACGCAAUGCUUCUUGAGCCAUGCACAGGUUGACUUGGCAGUGUGACAUGAUGCACCGUCUUGCUGGAACCAAAUUUGAUCGCACCCGCCUCACAUCUGCUUUACCAAGUCCAAGGCCUCAAAGGGGACAGUCUCCAGGAUCUGCUUCUGAUAGUGGUUGGCUGUCAUCCCACCCUUCUGGCCACUUGGAUAUUCCAAAACCACCAGCGGGCCCUUCCACCCAUGUGCAAUGCAUCCCCAAACCAUGACACAUACCAAGGACUGCUUGAAGGCUGGAACCAGG